AUGGGCUCCCCGAAAGACCUCACUGUUAGUUCCAACGUCUUCCGGCAGGUGGCAGGGCUGCGGGACCAGCUACACAUCAUGCGGUACCUCUUGAUUUGCAGCGUCAUAGCAACGGCCCUCUUUCUCAUCAUCGCUGCUCUUCUCGCGCGCAGACGCUCGCCCGUGCUGCAGCCCCCGAGACCAGGUUGUCAUGACAACCACCGUGCUAGAGAGAUGGGGAAGACAUUUCAGGGAGAGAAGGGCCGUUGUCAAAUUCACUGGGACGGCGGCGAGAGUCAAGCGUCUCUGAUCAUUCCUGUACCCGGCAAGCCGUGCGUGGAGUGGGACGGUGGAGCCAGCCAGACCGCUCUCUACGCGCAACAAAACACGUUAGAAAUGCUCCAGGAUCUGGAGACAAAGUCCAAGAAAGAAUCCAGCUUGAAGGAGGAGGAGAAAAAACAAGAUGAUGAACUGAGACAACUGAAACUGAAAGUGACCAAGUUGCAGCAAAAGAAGAAGUGGUUGCAGCAACAACUCAGUAAAGAGUCUCCUCUACAACAAGUAGACAUAAACAACAUUGACAGUCUGGACAGAGAGGAGAAGUCAGAGCUACUGGAUGCUGCUUAUGCUGCUCAACAGAAAAAGUUGGAAGAGAUGGUCGUACUCCACAGGCUAACAGGUAUUUCUAUCGACCAUAUCAAACCAGAGGCGAUACGUAUCUGCUGGGAUACCUCAUAUGGAGGGGAAUUCUUCGAGGCUUUCUAUGCCGAGGUGACCCGCUCCAGAGACAAGCUGACGGUCCAGCACCACUCCUUGCCAUACUUUCUUCCCAUCAACUCUCUGAUCACCAGACACCUGAAUACAGAUAUCACUGUGUUUGCAGAGAUGGUGUCCAGGUAUCUGAAUGUGUUUGUGGAGAAGAGACAGGAAGCUGUCAAUGCUGAGAAGGAGUUUGGGCUGUACAUGUCCAAGCCUAUCGCUGCCAGCCCGUCCUGUGACGUGAUCGAGUUCAGCCUGAAGCCCACCAUGGUCCCAGGAAAACUCCACACGCAGCUGUUCUAUAGCGAUCUUCUCCAGCCUCUGCCCACUGAGGUAGAGGUGGAGUGGAGAGGUGAAGAGGGUGUGCUAUCCAGAGAAGACAUCUUCAGAGUCAAACAGAUAUUUCUGUCAAAGUCAUUAUGCAGUGCUUUGGAAGAGUUGGUCACUAAAGUUUGAUGGAGGAAAAAAAAA